UCCAGGAAGGUGCUUCACAUGCUCACCACUGCGGAAGGCAUAAUGACCCAGACGGACAGGCUUAACGGAGAUGGGCUGCAGGAGGUGUUUGCUACCAACCUCUUUGGACACUUUAUGCUGGUUCGUCAACUUGAGCCUCUACUCUGCGGUAAUGAAAAGCCCUCACGACUCAUCUGGACUUCUUCCAGCAAUGCCAGGGAGUCUGCCUUCAGCCUUUCUGACUAUCAGCAUGCCAAGGGGCAGGAAUCAUACAGUUCCUCCAAAUAUGCUACUGACCUGACAAGUGUGGUUCUGAACAGGAAAUUUAAUAAGCAGGGACUGUAUUCCAGUGUUGUUUGUCCUGGUCUCGUUAUGUCUAACAUGACCUACAGAAUUUUGCCAGUUUUUCUGUGGAAGCUGCUAAUGCCCAUCAUGUGGUUGAUCCGCUUUUUUGCCAAAACUUACACUCUGACACCGUACAAUGGAGCUGAAGCUCACGUGUGGCUCUUCAAACAGAAGCCAGAGUACCUGGAUGCGCUUGUCAAAUACCACAGCUGUACUUCUGGACUGGGGAAGAACUAUGUGGAGCCCAGAAAGAUGGACGUGGAUGAAGAAAUUGCUGAGAAAUUUUACCAAAAGCUGUUGGAACUGGAGAAGCAGUCUCUAGAGAAAUACAGUGAUCUCCUAGAUUAAGUAAAGCCAGUCUCAAUGGGAUAACAGUCUCGCAUUGGUAACAUGGGCUUUCUUCAUUCUGGUGCUACUUACGUUGCCUGCCAUUCUACAGGC